GCCAACCAAAUCCUUUCUUCUCAAUUUUCUGCUUCUCAAUCUCCAUACCUCUCUGACUCAUGAAGAUUCUCUCUAUGUCUUCAUUGCUUCUAAUUUUCAAAGUCCCUCCCUUCUCUCUGUAGAAAGCUUUGACUACUCUCCUAUAUGCAUAUAUAUAUAUAUAUAUGCACUAGGCCUUCAUGAUCACAUCCCACAUAUAAUCCAAGCGUCUGUCUUGAACGUCUGGAAUUGUGGACAUGCAAUUGUGUCUGCACCCAAAAGUGAAAGUUAAAAUGUUUUCACAAAGCCAUUUUCUCUGUGUACUUCUCAUAAUAUUAGUCUCCUUUUCCUUCUCUUUUAGUAGUGACCCCGAUAACCCACUAGUUGUACAUGAUCUUCAUCGUCACCAUCGAAUACGCCGGCUUCAAUCAACUUCAGCAAUGGAUGUUACUGUAAAUGUGGAUAGCUUUGGAGCAAAAGGAGACGGAUCGGAUGAUUCCCAGGCAUUUACGGAAGCUUGGAAGAAGGCUUGUUCUUCUAAAAGUGAUGUUGAGCUCGUCGUCCCUAGGAAUAGGGUCUAUCAACUGAAGCCAAUGGAUUUCUCUGGCCCUUGCAAAUCUCAGGUCACGCUCAAGAUAUAUGGGACCAUCGAAGCCUCUGCCAAACAAUCAGAUUAUAAGGACAGCCGGCAUUGGAUUCUGUUUGCAAAUUUGACUAACUUUAGAGUUGAAGGUGGUGGCACCAUCGAUGGCAAUGGAAGGAAAUGGUGGCAAAGCUCAUGCAAAGUUGACGAAUCCCCUCAUUGCACAACCGCACCAAAUGCCGUGACUUUCUUGGGGUGCAACACUUUGGAAGUGGAUAAUUUGCGGUUCCGAGAUGCCCAAAAAAUGCAUCUAUCCUUUGAGUCGUGUGUGAAUGUAAAAGCUUCGAAUCUCAUAGUGACCGCACCAGGGGAUAGCCCUAACACAGAUGGAAUCCAUGUAUCAGCAACACAGAAUAUUGGGAUUAACAAUUGUCUCAUUAAGACAGGUGAUGACUGUAUUUCGAUAGUAAGUGGGUCAAAAAAUGUUCGAGCUGAGGAUAUAACAUGUGGACCAGGUCAUGGAAUCAGCAUUGGAAGCCUAGGAGCUGGAAAUUCACAAGCAGAGGUUUCAGAUGUGAUGGUUUCUAGAGCCAACCUUAUGGAUACCACUAAUGGAUUGCGAAUUAAGACUUGGCAGGGCGGGUCUGGAUAUGCAACAAACAUCAGAUUCAAAAAUGUGGUGAUGGCCAACGUGAGCAAUCCAAUUAUCAUAGAUCAACAUUACUGCGAUCAGGAAACACCGUGCCUAGAACAGGAUUCGGCGGUAGAAAUAAGCAAUGUGUUAUAUGAGAAUGUAAAAGGCACGAGCGCUUCAAAAGUGGCAGUGAAAUUUGACUGCAGCAAGGAAUUCAGAUGUCAAGAAAUUUUGUUAGAAGACGUAAACCUAAAACCUCUAGCCGAUGAAACUGCCCAAGCUUCGUGUGAGAAUGUCAGUUUAAACCGUAUCGGAACUGUUUCUCCAACAUGCUCUUAGUUAGUUUAACGCGUAAACAAUAAAAUUGGUUCCUGAACUUUCACCGUAUACAGUUCAGAAUCGAAACCAAAAUAUGUAGGCUUCCCUCUUCCCCUCGUGCCCGUCGGUUAAUUCCGGUGCAGCAACAAGCAAAGGCUACUGGAAAUUGCCACGCCCAUUGCUAGUCACCAGAUAUUUUACUCGUCCAUUUUUGGGUUCCUUUGUGCAUGUCAAUAUAUAUAUAUAUAUAGAGGAUUAUGUAACGUAAAAAUAAUUAGAGUUUGAACAAGAGAUCUUGUUGCAAAGAGU